AUGAGGAGCCCGCGCGAACUCGCGGACCGCUCUAAAUACUGCCGUUUCCACCGGCAGCCCGGCCACGACACCGAGGAAUGUCGAGAAUUAAAAAGGCAAAUUGAGGAGCUCAUCCGCCGAGGGCACCUUGGCUCAUACCUCCGACCAGAUAAAGAGCUCUCGCCACGCCCGGAGGGCCCCAUCGAGCGGCACAUAGAGGUCAUAACUGGCGGGCCGACGUCCGGAGGGAGCUCCAUGGCGGGCGGAAGGGCGUACGCCAGGGCCUCCCGAGCUGAAGCUUCCAAACCCGCAAAGGGCCCCGAAGUCACCUUCCCGACCGGGGAACCUGAACCACCCGAACAUGAUGACGCGUUGGUGAUAUCAGCCAGAAUAGCCAACGCGCAAGUGGGGAGGAUCAUGGUCGACACUGGGAGCUCGGCCGAUAUACUUUAUUGGGACGCCUUCCAAAAGCUCGGCCUGGUAAAGGAGAACAUGAAGCCGGUAUGCUCAACACUCACGGGGUUCACCGGCGCCUCGAUCUCGUCACUAGGGGUCAUCACCCUGCCCCUAACUUUGGGAGUCUUCCCGAAGGCAAAAACGGUGAUGACCUCCUUUCUGGUGGUCGACCUCCCCACGGCAUACAAUGCCAUCCUAGGACGGCCAACCCUCAACAAGACCCGAGCCGUCAUCUCAACUUACUACCAAACCAUCAAGUUCCCAACCCACGAUGGGGUAGGGGAAGUGGCGGGGAACUCCUGGGAGUCCAGGCGCUGCUACUUGACCGCUGUGUCAUUAAACAAGAGAGCGAGGGUCCAAUCCCCGCUGGAAGACCCCCGGGAGGGAAAAAAACCGACCCCCCGCCCCGAGCCGAAGGAAUCCACCAUUGACCUGCCACUAAUUGAAGGAAGGCCCGACCAAACAGUCAAAAUCGGGUCGGGAUUGCCCGAACAGGAACAACGGCAGCUCGUCGGCCUUCUGCAAGCCAACGCCGACAUUUUCGCUUGGACCCCAGCUGACCUAGCGGGAGUCCACCCGGAGGUCGCGCUGCACCACCUGAACAUCUCGUCCGACGCCCGCCCGGUGAAACAGAGGCCCAGGCGGCAGGCCCCGGAUCGGCAACUGGCCAUCCGAGAAGAAGUAAACCGGCUUCUGGCGACCGGUUUCAUAGAAGAGGCAAGGUACCCACAGUGGCUCUCCAAUGUAGUCCUUGUCAAAAAACCUAAUGGAAGCUGGCGGAUGUGCGUUGACUACACCAGUCUCAACAAUGCUUGCCCAAAAGAUUGCUACCCCCUGCCAAAGAUCGACCAGCUAGUCGACGCCACGGCCGGCCAUGCCCGGCUCUCGUUUAUGGACGCCUUCUCCGGGUACAACCAAAUCAGGAUGGCGCCCGAAGACCAAGAACACACCGCCUUCCUCACCGAGCAAGGGAUAUAUUUUUACAAGGUUAUGCCGUUCGGGUUAAAGAAUGCCGGAGCAACCUACCAGAGGACAGUGAACAGGAUGUUCGCCCACCAGAUUGGACGAAACAUGGAGGUAUAUAUCGACGACAUGAUCGUAAAGAGCCGAACGGCGGAGACUCAUCCUUCCGACCUGGCUGAAACAUUCGACACUCUGCGGAAGUUCGGCCUGCGUCUCAACCCCGCCAAGUGCGCCUUCGGCGUGACCUCGGAAAAAUUCCUCGGAUUCAUCAUACACGAGAGAGGGAUUGACGCCAACCCGGAAAAGAUACAGGCCAUUAUUAACAUGCAGCCUCCUCGGACGAUCAGAGACCUGCAGCGCCUUAACGGGAGGCUAGUCGCUUUAUCACGUUUUCUCUCCCGAUCGGGAGAUCGAUGCCACCCUUUCUUCCAGGCCCUGAAGGAUCCGAAGAACUUCCGAUGGACGGCGGAAUGCGAAGGGGCCUUCGAACAGAUGAAGCUACACCUGGCCAGCCUCCCUCGACUCGCCUCGGUCUCCCCGGGGGAGAAAUUGAGUCUUUACCUUGCCGCCUCCCGGCACGCGGUCAGUUCGGUUCUAGUCAAAGAAAACUCUGGCGAUCAACUGCCGGUCUACUACGUCAGCCACAUGCUGAGCGGGCCAGAAGAACGCUACCCGCCGAUCGAAAAGCUAGCGCUGGCACUCGUCCUGUCGGCGCGGAAGCUCCGCCCUUACUUUCAAGCCCACCCGAUAGAGGUAAUAACUGAUCAGCCGCUUCGGCUUGUUCUGUCCAAAUUCGACGUUGCAGGGCGUCUCCUCAAAUGGGCAGUGGAGCUCGGCGAGCACGACAUACAGUACAUGCCUCGGACCGCCAUCAAAGCCCAGUCCGUGGCAGACUUCAUUGCGGAGCUGACCCCGAAUACAGGCGAAGAACUCGAGCCACCGCGUGACACGUGGACCCUACACGUAGAUGGCUCGGCCAACGCGAAAGGCGCCGGCGCAGGGCUGGUGCUGGUAACACCUGACGGCCGCUCGAUUGAGCGCUCCCUCCGCUUCGGGUUCAGGGCCACCAACAACGAGGCAGAAUACGAGGCUCUCCUGGCGGGGCUCCAGUUGGCACUGGAAAUGCAGGUAACCGACAUACGCGUCAUCACCGACUCACAGCUGGUGGCUAGGCAACUCGACGGCGAAUACGAAGCCCGGGACCCGACUAUGGCAAAGUAUCUGGCACAGGUAAAAAGCCUUGCCGCCAAGUUCGCCUGUUUUGAAUUGUCGAAUGUCCCCAGGAGCGAGAACCAGCGAGCCGACACCCUAGCAAAGCUGGCGUCCGGCCCGGCCCCCUGGGCUCGGCCCGAAACCGAAGAACUCCCCCGCCGAGCCAUAGAGGUCGUCGCCACCGUCGCUCACGGCACGCCGGCAACUUGGGUACAGGAGAUGCUACGCUUCAAGCGGGACGGGACCCUGCCCGACGAUCCAACUACAGCUCGACGCUUGCGUCGGACGCAGGCGUGGUACACCGAGGAAGGAGGACGGCUGUACAAGCAGUCUUUCUCGCGCCCCUUGUUGCGCUGCCUGGAGCCGAGCGAAGCCUGGACGGUUCUGUCCGACAUGCAUGAAGGGGCCUGCGGAGAACACAUGGGCGAGCGAGCCCUGGCGCACAAGGUACUCCAACAGGGGUACUACUGGCCGACCAUGCGCCAGGACGCGAAAGCUUUCGUGCGGCGGUGCAGCUCGUGCCAGGAGCACGCCCGCACCGCCCGACGGCCGGCGGUCCUAUUCACCCCCGUCGACUGCGCCUGA